GUCGGGUUUGGUGUUAUUGAGAGCAACGUCAGCGAUGAGGCGCGGGGGGAAGGAGGGAAUGAGUGAAUGAGCCAACAUAUUCACCCCAGUGCAUUAACAAUUCAAGCUGUUCUGCGGAUACUUUGUGUUUCCAAGAAAACAUCACGUAGUGACCAUUUGCCUCUGAGACGGGCACUCAACGGUGUUACCACGAGGCUCGCGGCGGUAUUUGAACAGAAGCAGACACUGGGGAAGAGACAGCUCUGUCUGCUCGUGAUCAGACACAGGGGAUGCUGAGCUGCUUCUAGUGCACUGGAUUCAACGCCACACCGGGACGUAACUUCCUGCGGUAGCCUAAUGUCGCAGUGGACAAAUUAUUGCGGUUUGGAAUGAUAUGGAGGAUUUCAGAACAUAAUAUUUUAUGAGAAAUGCUACAGGAGAAGGCCUCAGCUGUGGCUGAUGAAGGUAUGACCGUGGCCCAGUUGGGUGGGCAGCCUGAGCUUGCCAGUGAUUCCUCACAUUUGUGCCUGCCUACAACUCCCAGCAUUCCCCAGAACAAUGAGUCUGACCAGAACAUUGAAAACAUCAAAGUGGUUCUUCACGACAGGGAACUAUGGAAAAAGUUCCAUGAGGCCGGAACCGAGAUGAUCAUUACCAAAGCAGGCAGGCGGAUGUUUCCCAGCUACAAAGUUAAAGUCACAGGAAUGAAUCCCAAGACCAAAUACAUUCUCUUAACUGACAUUGUUCCAGCUGAUGACCAUCGGUACAAGUUCUGUGACAACAAGUGGAUGGUGGCUGGAAAAGCAGAGCCUGCAAUGCCUGGAAGACUCUAUGUCCACCCAGACUCUCCUGCAACAGGGGCCCAUUGGAUGAGACAGCUGGUCUCCUUUCAAAAGCUGAAGCUCACAAACAACCACCUUGAUCCUUUUGGGCACAUCAUCUUGAACUCAAUGCACAAAUACCAGCCCAGGUUGCACAUCGUGAAGGCAGAUGAAAACAAUGCCUUUGGCUCUAAGAACACAGCCUACUGCACUCAUGUCUUCCAUGAGACAGCUUUCAUCUCUGUUACAUCCUAUCAGAACCAUAAGAUCACCCAGUUAAAAAUUGAGAACAAUCCUUUCGCCAAAGGUUUCCGUGGCAGCGAUGAGGGUGAUUUGCGUGUGUCCAGACUUCAAGGGAAAGAUUACCCUGUAAUUUCUAAGAACAUGGUCCGGCAGCGGCUUAUCUCAUCACAUGGCCAUCUGUCAGGAAAACUGGGUGCAGGUGUGCUGAGUAGCCACCCGCAGGUGGUUUCUCACUAUCAGUAUGACAGUGGCAUCCCUCUGUCGAACUCCGAUUCCCAGGAAGCUCUCUCUAACUCCUUCCCAUCUAGCCGAGAAUCCAGCCUUAUUUACCACUGCUUUAAGCACAGAGAUAACACAAGGCAUUUGGAGUUGGGAUGCAAACGCCCCUAUCUUGACACAACAUCCUCUGCAGUUUCAGAUGAGCACUAUUUCCGUUCCCCUCCUUCCUACGAUCCACCCUUGCUGUCCCAUCCAUACUGCAGCGAUGCGUUGGGUUCUAGAGAGGCAUGCAUGUAUGGAGGAAUGGAGGGAGAGGCAGGGGGCACAGUAGGUGGCGAUGACCUCCCGGUCACCUCCCUGAACUGCAAUAUGUGGGCGUCAGUGCAGCCGUAUCCUCGUUACGGCAUGCAAAGUGUGGAGGCUAUGCCAUACCAGCCCUAUCCCGCCCACUUCAACAGCACAGCCUCUGCUGCCUCUGUGGUUCCCCACCACUCACCGUCCAUGCAGCGUCCACAUCCAGCACCUCCCGACCUAGUUACGUUUAGCACACAGCGGGUCUUGCCACCCACACCAUCUUCAGCAUCCUCCCCCCGUGACAGAGCACAUUCCUCACUGUUUCAUAGGAAGCCUGGGUCGCCGGUUCGUUCACAAAGGGAUUUCACAGGGUAUCCGACCCAUAGCCCCACUUCAACACGAGAACCAGGCUAUCAAUACCAAACGGGCCUCAGCAGUGUUGGGCCACACUGGACUGACAGUUAAAGAGUUACCCACAACACUAUCUACAACUAUAUUCCUCUUCAGCUAAAAGCAACAAACUCUUUCUGAAUAACAACUGCAAUGAGAUUAUUUUUACAUACAGCCAUGAUGCUAAACUGUAAAGCAAAGCCAUAAAUCUAUUUAGCCUAAUAGUAUAGGAAACCUUAAAUUUGUGGCACUGUGUAUUUAUAUGAAUUUGAGACACGACUAGAGUUGUGCAGGUGGUAAAGCCAAGCAGAAAUGGCAUACCUAAUGCACUAUUGUUGGCAUUAAAGAGAUUGUUCACUCAAAAAUGAAAAAUUCUUCAACAAUUUCUUCUACAACAGUCACACGAGAACAACAUGAAGGAAAUUAAAUAAUGACA